AUGGGGUUGGCUAUGGGUGUGGGUUGUGCAAUUGGAGGGGUUGGGGUUGAGGUUGGAGCAAUGGGGUUGGCUUUGGGUUUGGGGUGUGCAGUUGUAGGGGUUGGAGCAAUGGGGUUGGCUAUGGGUUUGGGGUGUGCAGUUGUAGGGGUUGGGGUUGGGGUUGUAGCAAUGGGGUUGGCUAUGGGAGGGGUUGGGAUUGGGGUUGGAGCAAUGGGGUUGGCUUUGGGUUUGGGGUGUGCAGUUGUAGGGGUUGGGGUUGGGGUUGGAGGAAUGGGGUUGGCUUUGGGUUUGGGUUGUGCAAUUGGAGGGGUGUUGCAUUUUGCUUGUGUGUUGGCUUUGCUGUUUUUUAAGGUGUUGGUAGGAAGGGUGCUGUUGUUGGCUAGGGCUGUUGUAGUGGUGUUGGCUUUUGGUGUUGGAUGGGGUGUUGGUUUCGGUGGUGGGGGUGAAUGUGUUCUUAUUGGAUGGGGCCGUUGGAUUGGUGUUGGCAGGGUUGUUGGUAGGAAGGGUGUUGCCUUUCGCUUGGGUGGUGGCUUCUGUGUUGGGAAGCAAACAAAUCUUCGAUCUGCCAAUCUAACAGAUCGUAUCCAAUCUAAAGGAAUGACAUUUGAUUCGAUGGUAGCGGUUGAAUUGACUGGCCGUCGUCACAAAGCCUGA